AUGCCACCCUUAUGGUAGCCCAUUUAAAAGGGCCGCAAGGCCUUUCUUCCUCUUCCAGUCUCUGCGUCCCUGAAACACCUGCUCUUUGGGAUCACCAUGGCUGCUUAGCUGACUUAUUUUCGAAGUUCAAAGCUUCAAAUGGCUAGCCAUUCUCAUGUACCAAAGUUUGGAAAUUGGGAUAGUGAAAACAUUCCAUAUACUACAUGUUUUGAGACGGCGCGCAGAGACAAAGGUGGCGGAUCAAAGAUUUUUAACCCAAAUGAUCCUGAAGAAAAUCCACAAGCUUUUUACAAUCCUGCGACAUAUGCUCAAGAUAAUCAACGUAGUGAAAAACACCAUAAUGAUACACCUAGCGAUUAUCGUGGGGUGAAACAACAUCGCAAGAAGCAUCGCAGCAGGGAAGAUGGUGAAUUUCAGGGAUACAUGGAAGCGCCGCUGCACCAAAGAUCUACUUUUCAGAGAGUUAAUAUGGGUACACAGAGCAGCAGCUGGAACCGUGGAAGCAGUGUCUCGAAGUCCAGCAGUGGUAAGAGCUACACUAGUAACUCACUUCUACAACCUCGGCAUCGUCGCAUGUCAACUAAGGACUCAGCUGAAGGUAGCCAUGGCUUUUCACCAUCAUCGCUGCAUCAUGCUACAGCAAAAAACGGAAACUCUAGAGAAGGCGAGGCUCAACAACAUAAGGCCCCAUCGGUGCCGAGAUUUGGUUCUUGGGAUGAGACAGAUCCCAAAUCAGCCGAGAGUUUUACGGUCAUAUUUAACAGAGUUAAGGAAGAGAAGCGGAUGGCUUCAACUCCAUUGCCGACACUUCCAGCUAAGCUAAUAACCUAUCCAGCAGCGCAGAAGAACUACAGUCAUGCUUCGUCAAAAUCAAAGAUGUGUUGCUGCCUAUUUCCUACUGCUGCAGAAUGAUGAUCAUCAACUGCAAGGGUGUGCAAGCUUCUCAUCUGAGUUUUACGGUGUACUCUUACUGCAGUAUUUACUGAUUGAAGUUUGUGUGAUAUAGUGAUCAUAAACCUUGAUUUGAGAUCAUUUUCAAACAAGAGGACGUACAGCAUCCACUUAGAGGAAGAUGAAGAAUAGAUGAAUAAGUUUUUCUCCCCAUCUGUCUUCAACUGACUCUUUUUGAUUUAUCAGAACUAGCAUCAUCACGGAAGGUAUCCUAAGAAAGAAAAAAAACCUACAUGCCUUUCUAGCAUUACUGUUGUAAGAAACUAUUUCGGCUCAUUUUAACUUUAUUGUGGAUUGUAAUUCAGCUAGC